UCUCAUGCUCAAUAUUCUCAGAAAGGGAUAGAUGUGUGUAUGCUUAUAGACUCAAUCACCACAUUUGCUGCUCUCGCCAUAAUCUUUGACUCUGCUCAUGCCUUAUGUUCAGCAUGCAGAUCAUCUGCAUUCUUCAUGUCUUUCUCUAUGUCGCGAGAGUUGAGGAAUCCCUUCUUCCUGCUGCUAUGAUUGCGAGUACGCGAGAUGGAGCGCUUGGCGAUAAUAUCGGAAGCUUCCAGGAAUGCUUGAGGGGAGAUGUCCGCGUCUGGAUGACGCAAGGUGGGGCAUCCAUUUUUGUUGGCACCGAGGAAUUCUCCGCAGGAUCACAUGCCAUCACUUCAAGAUCACAGAUCGUCUCCUUUGGCAACCUCACAUACUGCCUGGAAUAUGUUAAUGCCGACGAAGUAACCUAUCAAUCGAAUUUAAACGCAUACUUCAGAUGGUAUCUCUCAAGACCUGCCCCUCCGCCUGACAUAUCUGCUACGCCAUCCCCGUGGGACUUCACGCUCGAUGAUUGGGUAUGCAAGGGAACAGCGGGCUCAGGAGGGUUUGGAACAGUUAGUGCAGCAAAGCACAGAGUCACUGGGGAGCCAGCGGCAGCAAAGACUAUAGUGAGGACUUCGAAAACGAUGAGGGAUAUUGCGGGAGAGCUUUCUAUUCUGGAUCAUCUACCUAGCCAUCCACAACUAUUGGUUAAGCGUGGUGUCUACUAUGAGCGUGGAGAUACCUGGUUUACCAGCCCAGAAAACGAAGACGACGAACGUCAUGGUCUGCCGGCCCGCCCAGAGAGAGUCGUCUUUAUCAUCCAGCCUUUUGCUAGGCUUACACUCACCGAGAUGUUGUUGAAGUUGUCCCCAGACCUGAGGAUCAUAGCGUUUUACCAAUUACUGCAAGGGGUGCAUGCUCUGCACAAUGCAAGCCCUUUCCCACUUCUCCAUCGAGAUCUCAAGCUUUCUAACAUUGGCGUUGUGUCGUACGAUGAACGCAGAAUAGCGGUGGUGAUUCUUGACUAUGGGCAAACCGUCCAGAUUCACUCACAGAGGCCAAUCAGUGGAAAGGCAGCACUCCUGGAUACCAAGCGCCGGACAUGCUACAUUAGGUCCAUGGUGUAG